AUGUAUCAUACCACUACGCAAAUGCACAUGUCGCUUUACGGCAAUUCAAAUUAUACUUUUAUGCCAAUGUCAAACAGCGGCAUGAAUAUUUAUUCAAAUAUGUAUCAAGAGAACAAUACUCCAACUUCGAGACGCUCAACACGUCAAGUUUUUGCGAAUACAUCAGUCCCGCCGCUCACUGCCCAAGCCAUUUGGAGCACAUACUCCAGUCGCCUGAAAGAAAAGGAAGGAAACACUUCACUUCUCUUAUCCACGAAUAACAAACGGCGCACUCGUGGUGCAGGAGCAAACGUCAAUUAUGCUGAGGAUGCAUUAUCAGACGAAGCAGAAUUUUGGGGUGGUGAAGAAUAUAACAAAAGAAAUAUGACACCUGUUGACAAGAAUAGUUCGGGUCGUCCUUACACCAUGCGUGAAGGAGCCAGCGAGAAACCAGUCACCAAAAGAUGGAUGCGAAAAACAAAGCAUGUUUAUAAAUCUAAUAAAGAAAUGGAACGAAUGGCGGAACAAAAAGAAGUUCUCAUUCCUAUUAGACUUGAUUUUGAUUUCGAGAAUCAUAAAUUGCGUGAUACGUUCACUUGGAAUUUGAACGAAAAAAUUAUUACGCCUGAAAGUUUCGCCGAGAUAUUAUGUAACGACCUCGAAAUUCCAGUUGAAACGUAUACUCCAUUGAUCGCAGAAGCUAUUAGGUCUCAAGUAGCAGAAUAUGAAUCUGCUGCUGAAAAAUCUCUAUCACGAGUAGAUUAUCGUGUGGAAAUAAACUUAGAUAUACAGGUUGGAAAAUUAAAUCUUCGAGAUCGUUUUGAAUGGGAUCUAAGUUCAGAUCUGACACCCGAAGAAUUUAGUCGUUUAUUGACUGCUGAUCUUGGAGUUGGCGGUGAAUUUGCACCAAUAAUUGCUUUUAGUAUACAUGAACAACUUUUACGACAUAAAGAAAAAUUAGAUGAUUUUGAUCCAGAAAGUGAACCGCUAAAGUCUGCAUUCAGACCUUUUGAUGAAGCAGAAGAGUGGGCGCCGAUAUUAGAAACAUUAACUACCGAAGAGCUAGAAAAAAUUGUAUUAGAUAAAGAGAGAAGUAUUAGACGUCUUCGACGAGAAACUUCUCGUUUUGGAAAUUCAAGAUCGCGUCAAUUACCGCGUAAUCCCAAUUCGAGUAUAUUAUCACCUAAUUCCUCCCCACUAAGACGUCAAAAAAACAUGCAACCCGUUAAACCACUAAAACAAGAACGUGUCAGAGAAAGAGGUCAAAGGCUGGCGCCAGAGCAAUUGGAAAAAUGGCAUUGUGAACAUUGUCGAAUUAAUGGUCGCGAUACUCCGCUGGUAAGACGAGGGCCUGAUGGUACAAAGACUCUCUGUAAUGCGUGUGGAUUAUAUUGGAUAAAUAAAUCAUCUUUGCCUCCUCUUCGCAAAGAUAUGUUUGCGCAUCAACAAAUUCAUUAA